UGUAAGAUCAAGGCAAAGGGAACCAUCAAAACUUGACCCAAAGUGUGGCAUCUUCCUCAUCCAAGCAAGGAGAAAGAGAAGAAGAAGGAAUCGGUGACUGAAAGAAAAUGAAGCAGAACAUCUUAGCUCUUGUGAUUGGAUCAAUUGGUGCAGUUCUCACCUUAACUGCUUACUCACAGGACUUCAUGUCUCCAGGUCAAAGCAUCGGAGUUGGCCUCUUUGUCCUCAUGUUAGGCUUGCUUAUUGGAGAAGGUCUCAUAUCUUUUUGAAUUUUGGUGCCUGUUUCAUUUCCAUUUCUCUUUUUCAGUUUCUCCUUCUGAAAUCAACAUUAAUUAUGUGUGUGGAAUGAGUCUUUUAUUGGAAUUUUCAAACUCUUUUUAAGUUUAA